CGGGAAAGCAAUCGUCUUGGCCUUCGUGCUGCUCAAGUGGAAGCGCAGUGGCGAAUUUCUAGUCGAAAAUCGAAAUCAUCUAUGUUCUUGUCGCGCCUGUGGAUUCAGAAGUACCGUGACAGGACAUGGCUGUUUAUGUCACGUGGUUUCUUUUGAUAAGGAAUGAAUCAGCACGGCAUGAUCGAGAAGUUGAGUGUCCGUCAUUGUUUCGCUGCAAAGUAUACCUCGACUGCUGCCUACUUACAGCACUGCAGGUUCUGUCCACUAUGACCGCCUCCCACGCCGGGCGCCCGUGCCGGUUUUGGUGCGUCGCCCACCCUUGCAGUUUUUGAAGCGUUUGAACCUGUCGGUUCACCUGCGGAAUUUUCACGACACCGGAUAAGAAUAUUGCGAUGGCGCAUACCUCCGAUGAGCCACAUGAAAGGUACGCACUGAAGAUAGAUCUUCUCAAUCACGGAGCUGCGAUUGCGCGCGAUGCGAACUGCGUCUGUAGUGACAUGAUUUUAUGUGGCAGGAGACGUGAUGCAUGACGUCAUGACGUAGCAAGGUAUCGUAAAUGCGAGCGCGCUCGUUUUGUUGCAGCAGCAAAAAUAUUCCCGUGUGAUAAGCAGGUAUUAGGUGUCUGGAACGGAUGGCGUCAUCAUGUGAAGGCCGAGGACCUCUAUGAUCUGAAUAUACGAUAUCUGAUAGUUUUGCUCCACCUAAACUACUCGUUUGUCGACAGUAACGAAGUUGACAGUGCGUGUUGGUUUGGAUUUACGUUUCAUCCUCAUUUCGUGCAGAAGUGCUGCACCUCUUCGACUAAAGAAAUGCAGAACUGCAGAAACAGAUGAAAUAAAAUGUCGCAUCGCGAGAAGCUACGCUGCUCCGAAAGUUGCAAUGCCUUUCCUUUGCAUACCACUGAUGACACGAGGUCGAAGAUCGGGUUUUGGCAGGCGGUCAGCAGCAUUAUCGCUACCAUGGUCGGCGCGGCGAUUUUUCUGCUUCCCCAGGCGGUUGCGAAGGUCGGGCUGAUCGGCGGACUUUUCGUCGGGCUACUUUUUGGGUACGUUUUGCUGACGGCAACCGCAAUCGCCGUGCCCCGGUGCAUCGAACUUUGCGAAGAGUUGGACGUACUGGAGCCAGAUGUACCAGUUGCAGAUGCUGCCACAUCAGAACAAGGCCCUGCCACUGGCUUCACGAGGAAGUUCAAAACAAUCACGCAAGACUCUGCAGCGGAGGGAAAACAUGUCGAUCAUCUAGCACUGGAUCUGGAGCCCACCGUCUCCGAAGUCCUGCGCAUGAUCCCCUCCACGGACAACUUGCUACACGAAGGCGACGACACUACGGUUCUGUCGUCUGCGACGGCAAAGACGCAGCGGGCUGCCUUUGAAGAAAAAGAACACGAACUUUUCGAGGAGCAGAACACCUCCGUUGCCUUCGUCAUUCAUGUCGCGGAAGGCGACGACCAAAGCGACGAAGUCAUCGACGUCUGCGCAAAUACGACGGCGGGCGUGUUCACGCAGCCACCGGUGAUGCUAAGUACUGCGUAUGAAGAGGAGCCGCUGCUGGAAAUAUUCACCGCGAGCGCAGCAGGAACCACGACAGGAGGCAACAUCAACAACACUUCGAUGCCAGCCGCUUCGAUGCAGUCGGGGCAGCAAGAGCUACACGCUGUUCGAAACGAAGGCCUGAGCAUCAGCAAGGCCGAUGGUCACGAUGACCCACCAGAGGCGGGUCUACGUACUGCGGAGAAUGGUGUAUCACCCCCACCUGUUGUGCUGAGGCGCAAGCGAAAGAUCUAUUUGCUUCCCGACGUGGCUGAAAAAGCGUUUGGCAGCAAGGUCUGGCGGAAAAUCCUGAGCGUCUCACUGACGGUUACUUUGGUGCUGACUUGUGCCGUGUUUAUUGUGGUUUUCGGAAGCAGUAUUCAAACGCUUGUGCGGCAAAUCCGGAUCAUCGCCGGAGAUCGCGACGUGCGCUUGGAAGAGCCGCCCCGCUCGGUGUGGAAAGAGAGUCUCGUAUCGGUGGCGGUUAUGUCCACCGUGGUGCAACUGCGGGAUAUUUCGUCGCUAGCCAAGUUCAGCUUUGUCGGGACCCUGGCCAUCUUCUUCGUGCUCUUGGUCUUCGUUUUCUCGCCCGUUUUUCUCCACGCGGGCCACAUCACAACGCAUGGUAGAGCUGAGUGCUGCUUGUAGUUCUGGUGCCAAAUGCGAAAGGAAGCCGCUCUUUCUUGAUGCGGAUUUUCUUCCCCUCGCAGACCGCAGUGCGGCAAACUGAAUCGAAACAAAAAUCAUACCAGGCUUUCCGGAUCCAAUCAUGGGUGGCUGGGUGCCUCGCAGUGCGACUGGGCCCGAGCCCCUGCCUGCUGGCGUCCUACUCGCGCAGCAUGACAGAACCGCGGGACCGCACGAGACUGAAAGUCAUGUGUGGGCGUGGAGCAAGGAGCGAGGUGCAGUGCAGUACACGAUAGCGCCGUUGACUGCCGUAGGCGAAAUUUGCACGACGACAAUCGACGCACUGACCAUGCUAGCGUUCGUAUGCUAUUCGAAAGAUGCCUCCACCGCGCAUUCCUGGUCCGAGUGAGGACUAGAGUUGUAGAUGUACCAGUGAUUAAGAUUACAUGUAAGAUCCUCAACAUUUUCGGAUGAAGUAUGGGAGUGGAGGCAUUCUUGAACAGCAUUCGCCGCUUUCGCGUUUGCCUUCAACGCCCCCCACAUUCGUGCGGGCAUGGAAAAGCCGGAACAGAUGCCGAGCGCCAUUCUAGUCAGCAAGACCGUGGUGCUGGUGACAUUCGCGCUUGUGAUACUACUCGGAAACCUGGGGAUCGGUGCUGACAAGCUGCUGGCUUCGGAUUCCGUGUUUUCCGCCCUGGAGAAAUACGGCACAAAAGUAGUUCUACGCACCAGGGAAAAAGCUGUAUCACGUAUGAAAUUCCAGCAACGCUUGGGACGUGACGCAAGCGGUUCUUUGUCGUGACGACGACGUGACUGUGCGCACUGAUUUUUCCUGGAAAUAGUACGUAUGCCUCCUAAAAACCUUUGAAUCAUUUUUAAAUCAAUCUAAACUCAGCCUGCGCCUGCAUAUGCAUGACCACUAGCAUUUGGCCAUUCCCAUUGCGAAUUUGCGCGAUACGCUUUUUGAAAACUCGAUAGCCUCGCACAAGUGAUUACACCACCAAGUUCGGCCAGAAUCCGGAAUGGAGUGCGUCCGGCGAAACAAUUCUUGCGUCGGCCAACGGGUACGCAUUGCUCGUGAAUCCGCUGUAUUACUUCGGUAACGUGCCCAGGGGCGCGCUGAUGGGGAUGACCCUGGCGAUUCUGAUGAUGAUGAAGCUGCUUCUGAGCUACCCCCUAGCAAUCUGGCCGGUGCUUAUGGACAUCGAGCGUCGCCUCGGAAAAUUGUUCAGCGAGCGAGGGAGGAGGGGAGACGCUCAGCACAGAGUAGCACUGGAGGGCACGCACGAGGGGAAUCGAAAUAAAGCCGCUUGCGAAGACACACCAUUACCGGUAGAUGAGCAGCGACCCCUGCUGCCCUGCGGGGGUCCCGAAAUGACAGAGGCCAGCGUUGCUGCAGGCGAUUUGGAGAAGGGCACGCUGCCGCGCAUGACCCCAGAAACCUUCGCCGCCGAUAUUGAUCAAGAACAGGGGCACGACUGCGUGAGGACACCACUGUACGCGAGCGUGCUUGCCCGCGUCCUUCUUGUCUGCGUCACUUACGGCAUUGGAGCUUCGCUGCGCUGCGAGAUGAAGCGGCUCGGUGCUGUGGUCGGGCUUGCCAUCAGCACAGGCGGCAUGGUCAUUCUGGUGUUCGUGCCUCUCGCUGCACACUACCAUUUGCAUGAGCGGGUCCGGGUCCUGAAGAAGCGACCAAAGAUCUGGCACGAUCACGCCCAAGCCUGGUUUUACCUGGGUUGCGCGCUCUUGGGCAUCUUGAUGUUCCUUCAAGCGGUCGCCACGGCGCCACGGGAGAUUGCCGACGCACUGGCUGCAUCAGCGUGGUGACAAUCCUGCUUGUUCUCACGGUCGGAUAAAGUGCGCAGCAUUAAUUUGCUGUUGCCCGGUAGAAUACAUGAGUUCGUCAUUGAGUAGGUACUGCAGCUCAGCUCUACGUGAGUGUCUAUUGUUUCCGCGUUUUCUUCUUGUUUUGGUCGUUCGGUUUGACUUUUUGCCAAGUACAUUACACCACUUAAUAUUUUAUAAGAACCCAAAAAUUAUGCGAAGUAUACGAUUGUCUUCUUGCGGCUUCUACUUUGACUUUUCUAUUUUUUUUCUAGAAUAAAGGAAUCUAAUCAAGUAGCCGUGUGCAUUGAAGAGCGCAUAGUUUUAGGUUUUAUUAGUUGUUUCUGCUGAUGAUUGAGUCUCUGUCUCUGAUAGGGCUAGGAAGUGCUGCUCUAUGACUUUUUGCUAAAGGAAACUUUCUGCUGAUCUUUAUUGCAUCUCCGCUUAGCACGCGGCUUUUCCUUCUGUUCGUUAAAAUGUAAAAUUAAGAUGAAAACUGACUUUGAGAACUUGUGUUUGAUCAAAAUUUGCAGUUGAAAUUUUCGUAUGCGUCUGUUUUCAUUUGCGUCUGUAGUGUCAGACGAGCCUGAUGUAGUGCGCGAAAACGAAACUUCCUGCCGCGCCAUUAUAAGACUCUUCGAGAAUAAAGAAUAUUCUUUGCCCGCCGUUUUCACCACGAGGCUGCUUUCAUGGAGACCUGCUUUCCAGCACUAUAAGAUCGCCCGUGCCUAAGGUCGAAACUGCAAUCGAAAAGCAAUAAAGGACCGACAAUGACGGCUGCAGACGCAUCGUUAUCCG